CCAGAAUACCCGACCGAGAACAGCAUAUGUACCGUACUUCAACUUCAUAGAGAUAUAGUACUGGACUGCUAGUACUCACAACAAGCGCAUAAUCACUGCAUCGCAUGCUCGCGAAACCAGUCCGUCCCGGCGAAAGUUCUUCCCGCGAAGCAACGAGUGACCCGGAAGUAUACCUACACCUCACAAGGUGGUCCAGCCUCGACACUCGACUGAGAGAACCAAAAAGACCAGCAACUUUCCACCGUACCUGGUUCAAUCGCGGGCAACUUUUAACAAACAAAACACCGCCUGGUCGUUCUUAUACAGUCUAUACAGGACGCCAUGGUGACAACGACGGACCCCGGCUAUUUCCUCUCCAUCCCCUGGUGUGCGACACUACUCUCCGACACGAGCUACAAAACCGUGCCCUCACGCUUCGGCCAGCCCACGCCGGACAAGCGAGGCGAAUUCUUCACGCGCACGCUCGCCACGAGCGACACGAUCACAGCGUGUAUUUACCAGACCCGUCAAUCGCCAUUGUCCUCGCAAGCACAGCCUCUAGUACCCGCUUCGGGGCGCAACACGUCAGUGGGAGGAACUGGAAAAGUCGAAGAAGUCCGCUGCUUCCUGGCCACGCGGUCGGGCGUCAAUGGGUUUCCGGGCAUUGCGCACGGCGGGUUCGUCGCGGCCGUGAUCGACGAGGUUAUGGGCUAUCUGAUCAAUGCGAAUCUGACGGCAGCAAGGACUGAGGUUGGAGCCUCAGCAGCAAAAGGUCAGGAAGCAAGCACAAAUGCGACAGUAACAGUGCCGAUGACAGGAUCCGGAGAAUCAACAGCACCCAUGUCUUCGGUCAUGACGGCCGAGUUGACGAUCAAGUAUCGUCGUCCCGUGCCGACGGGGGAAAUCCUGCUCGUGCGCACGUGGAUCGAGAAGACUGAGGGCAGGAAGAUCGUUGUCAGAGCCGCGGUGGAGGAUCAGGAUGGACAGGUUCUGAGCGAGGGGUUGGCGUUGUUCAUCGCGCUGAGGCCGGGGGUGGGAGGGCCGAAGGUGAAGAGGAAAAGAAAUGGGACGGGGGAGAGUGCGAAGAUGUAAACGGAAUGGAAUGAAGAGGAAAGACCUCCUAAACAAGGUGGAGGGUUUGCAUAGACUGGUACCAGUCACCUAGGUGCCAGUGGGCGAUUGGAUUGAGAGGGAGGUCAUUCGAGGUCAUUUGGAUUUGCUUGGAGCAUCGUAGAGAUCCCGAGAGGAAAGGAAGGCAAGUGUAUAGAUACCAAAGUAAAUCGAGGCAUAUGCUAGAAGAUACGGAGGGCUUAGAAGGCAAAUGAACUAGAAUAUAGAUCUCAA